AUGAAAGGAAAAAAAUUUAUUUUAUUCUUUGGGAUUAUUUUUUACCUAAUAUAUGGUAAAAUAAUUCAUUCUUUAAUGGUUGGAGAAAUAAGAAAUUAUGAAAUUAUUGAGGAUAAAAUUAUUAUAAUAACUGGAGCAUCAUCUGGAAUAGGAUUAGAAGCUGCUAAAGAAUUAGCAAAUUUAAGAGCUACUGUAAUAUUUGCUUGUAGGGAUAAAGAUGGAACUGAAAAAAUAAUUGAAGAAUUAAUUAAACAAACAAAAAACAAUAAAUUAUACUUUAUUGAAUUAGACUUAGAGAAAUCUGAAAGUAUAUUAUCUUUUAUUGAAUAAUUUAAAAAGUAGUUUAAAUAUCUUGAUAUUCUUAUUAAUAAUGCAGGAAUUGCAGAUUAUGAUAUAGAAUAUGUAAAUGGCAUUGAAAAAAUAGUAAAAGUUAAUUAGAUAGGUUGGGUUUUAUUAACAGAUUAACUCAUAGAUUUAUUUAAUGAGAAAGGAAGAAUAAUUAAUAUUGUUAGUCAUAUGUAUACUUGGAUUAAAGAUAAAGUUGAUAUAAUUAAAGCAUUUAAAGGAGAUCUAGAUUAUCGAUAUGCUAUAAGUUAAUAUUUCAAAGUAUCUUCAUCUUUAUUUUUAUAAUAAUUUCUCAAAGAAUAAAACAAAAAUAUAAAAGUAUUACUUUUGGCUCCUGGAGCUGUAAAAACAGAAAUUUUUGAAAAAAGUCUUAAAAAUUAAUUCAUUUUGAGAUUUUUAGUUUAAAUAAUGAAAUUUAUUAUGUCUCCAUUUCUACUCACUCCAAAUGAAGCAUGUUAAACUUAUUUAUAUGCUGCUCUUAGACCAUAUGAUUAAAUAUAAGAGGAAGAAUUAUAUAAUUUUAAUAAAGCUGCAAAAGUUCAUUAAGAUGUAAUCAAAUUAAAUUAAGGUUAAGAGAUAUAUGAAAUUAGUAUUAAAUUGGGCUUAAAAGAUAUAGAAUAACCAAAUAUAUCAAAUAUAAAAUUAAAUUAUAAUGGGAUUAAAAAUAAUUAAAAAACAUCUUGGCCAGAAUGUGUGGGAAAAUCAAUUUAACAAGCUAUUCAAAUAAUAAAAAAAGACCAACCAAAUUUAAUUAUAUCAGUACUACCUGAAGGUUCAAUUGUAACUAUGGAUUAUAGGAUAGAUAGAGUGAGAAUUUUUCAUAAUUAAAAAGGACAAGUUAUUUAAGUUCCUCAUAUUGGAUGA